AAUAGCAAACUUCCAUUCGAGAAGGACUGAAGGAGACAAAAAUAAUAACAUAAGAUACAUACAGCUAACAGGGAGCGAGAGAAGAGAACCCAAAAGCUGGAAUCACAAGAACUAGGAAUCAUCAAGAGGCACAAGAUAUUGAGAAAGCAAGCAUGAUAAAAGCGGUGCUGGUGAUUAACACCCAAGGCAAACCUCGCCUUACCAAAUUCUACGAUUUUUUGACUGUAGAGAAGCAGCAAGAGCUUAUACGCGGUGUAUUUGGAGUGUUAUGUAGUAGAGCUGAGAAAGUUAGCAAUUUCAUGGAGGUUGAUUCAAUCUUCGGCCCGGAUAGUCGUCUUGUGUACAAACAUUAUGCAACAUUGUACUUUGUCUUUGUGUUUGAUAGUUCUGAGAACGAGCUUGCGAUGCUUGAUCUCAUACAAGUGUUUGUAGAAACAUUGGACAAGUGCUUCAGGAAUGUAUGCGAGCUUGACAUUGUGUUCAAUUACAGCAAGCUCCAUGCUAUUAUAGAUGAGAUAAUUUCUGGAGGUCAAGUGUUGGAAACAAGUUCUACAGAAGUUAUGAGAGCUGUUGAAGAAAUAUCAAAGUCAGAAGCAGCCUCAAAUUCCAUCUCAUUAGUCCCCAAAACAGUGUCUGGUUGGCGGAGCCGGUAAUACAUUACCUAGAACAAUGUUGGAAUAACGAUCGAUGGACUCUUCAAAAUGUUAUGGCAGUCAAGCAGUUUUGGUGCAAGCUCAUGCAGUAAACGGAGUUAGAUGCACUAGCAAUUCUUUCAAUGCUAAACAGAGAUUUAGAUUCUAUAAUCUAGAUUUGUCGCUAACUAAUUCAGUAAAAAUUUGAUGCUCAAGGCAAGCCAUCGGAAAAUAUUUAUAUUGCUGCUGUUUGUUCUAUGAUAUUUCCCGUUUGUGAUUUCCGAA